AUGGCUCAGGCUCCUAAGAACUUGCUCCUCUUCGGUGCUACUGGCACCAUUGGCUCAUACAUCCUCGAUGCCAUCCUCUCCAAACGCUCACAGUUCGAUCGUAUUGCUAUCUUUACCUCAGCCCGUACAGUUGAAACUAAGACAUCACUAUUGGAUGAGCUGAAGAAACAGAAUGUUGAGAUCAUUGUGGGCAAUGUUGAAGAUGAGGAAGCUGUUAAGGCUGCGUAUACAGGAAUCGACACUGUAAUUUCAGCCCUCGGCCGCACAACCCUCGCCCAACAAAUACCCCUCAUCCGCCUUGCAGCUGCCAGCAAAGACGUCAAGCUCUUCCUCCCCUCUGAAUACGGCACAGACAUUGCCUACGGUCCAGCUUCUGCAAGCGAAAAGCCCCAUCAACUGAAACUCAAGGUGCGCGCUGUGCUUGAGAAUGAGAUCUCGCGCGAAGAUCUGGACUACGCCUACGUCGUUACGGGUCCAUUUGCGGAGAUGUACCUUCAUUUCGCGCCUGGACUUGAAGAAGCUGGUGGUUGGAAUGUUAAGGCUCGGAAGUCCGUUUUGCUGGGCGCAAAGGGCGAGGAUAAAGUUAGCUUGACGACUAUGAAAGAUGUCGGAACACUCGUCCUGUCAACACUACUCACUGCUUCUCCGGAAACACUAAACCGUCCUCUCUGCGUCAACUCCUUCAGUACCACUCCCGCAGAAAUUCAAGCUGAAUUCGAGCGCCAGACUACCGGGGCACCUUGGACAGAUGUCUCGUACACACCGCUGGAGCGCUUGCGCGAGGUGGAGAAGAAGGCGUGGGAUGAUGGCCUUGGACCUGCGACUGCUGUUACACUGCGGAGAAUCUGGACGGAGGGUGGUACUCUCUAUGCUGAGCGAGCUAAUGGCAUUAUUGGGGAGCCACCUGUUGCGACUUUGAAGGAAGUUGUUGCGAAUGAGGUAAAGAGGGUUGCUUCUCUUUGA